AUGCAAUUGUAUGAAACUAAAGAUGAAGGAAAGAUGAAGGAAAAAUUGUUUGGAUAUUUAACAAAUCAAAAAGACAUUUAUAAUUGUACGCUAGUUAACACGCAAUGGAAUACUUCAGCGUCGCCAUUCUUAUAUCGUGCACCAAAAUUCACUAGUCGAGAAAAAUUUUCGUCUUCAUUAACAAAAUAUUUCCAAACCAUAAAGAGUGCCAAAGAUGAGCAGACGUUUCAACCAUAUCAUGAAAUGCUACGUGAAUGGAAUCUUAAAUAUGCUAAAUUAGCUUGUGAUAUAGCGGUAUGUUGUCCAAAUAUUGAAAAACUUGGGUGUGUUGAUGGAGGAUUUCUUCUCGGUGAUAAUUUGAAUAGAAAAAAUUUAUUAAAGGCUUGGACCAGAUUGAAAUCCAUAACAUUAUAUCAUAAUUGUGGAACAGACUUGAUCCUUGAGGCCAUUAAAAUGAAUUGCGGUCGUUUGGAAGAAUUAAUAUUAUGUAAUUGUCCUGUAACUGAUAUUGGACUAAUUGAAGUUUUCAAGACUAUUAGAGGAUUGAAAUUAUUGAGAUUCAAUCAUUGUAAUGAAAUUUCAAAUCAAAGUUUAAUCAUGAUGUCGAAAUAUUGUAAUUCGUUAGUUAGGUUGGAUUUGAUUAAUUGUAAUAGAUUAAAUGAUAAUGGAAUACUAGCACUUGCAGAUUCUUCUCAUCUCGCGACUAAAUUACGUUCGCUUUAUCUUGAAGCUUUAAAUAUCGAUGAAAAUACUUUAUUAAUUCUAGCUAGAAAUAUUAUGAAUUUACGAGAAUUAUAUUUGAAAACCUUAUUAUCCUUCGGUGAUGAAGUCAUUACUGCUUUUAAUUGUUUGGAACAAUUAACGUUACACUGUCCUAGUAUUAAUGGUUGGAAUAUCAAUGAAGCCAUAGGAAUAAGGGAAUUGUCCCUGUUUAUGACAAAUAUUAAAUUGCAAGAAUUGAACGCUAUUUGCAAAACUUGUCACCACCUAGAAAAGUUUACUUUGGAUGUUAAACAAAUCCUCGAAUUUUCUUUUCCCAUGAAUAAGGAUAUUAUAAAAGUACUUUCACAACUAAAACAUCUUAGAUCGUUAGCUUUAUUUUGUGAACAACACGAAAAGCAAACCGUAUCCAGUGUAAUUGAAAAACGAACAAAGUUUUCACCGCUUAACAAUGCAAAAUUGUGCGUUUGGGAAGCUUUGGAAUUAUUAAAUACCUUGAUUGACGACUCUGAUCCUGAUACGCAACUUUCCCAAAUCGAACAUUGUUUACAGACCGCCGAAUCCCUAAGAAAGGAUGGUCAACCUAGAUGGUUAAUUUUAACUGGAUUGAUACACGAUUUAGGUAAACUCUUGUUUUUCUAUGGAGCCGAAGGACAAUGGGAUGUGGUUGGAGACACAUUUCCUGUUGGAUGCAGAUUCUCUCCAUCGAUAAUUUUUCCAGAGUUCUUCAAGAAUAAUCCUGAUUAUACCAAUCCGAAAUAUAACACAUUAUACGGGAUAUACGAACCAAAUUGUGGCUUAGAUAAUGUGCUUAUGUCUUAUGGUCACGACGAAUACAUGUAUCAAGUUGUAAAAAAUUAUUUACCAGCCGAAGCCAGUUAUAUAAUUAGGUAUCACUCAUUUUACGCACAACAUCGUGAAAAUGCUUAUACCCAUUUGAUGAAUGAAACCGAUCAUGAAAUGAUGAAAUGGGUUAAAAUCUUUAACCCUUUUGACUUGUACUCGAAAAGUGAUCAACCCCCUAACAUUCAUGAAUUAAAACCUUACUACCUUGAAUUGAUUCGUGAAUAUUUCCCUGAAAAAAUUUGUUGGUAA